UUCUCGAGUUUCUCUUCCUCCUCUCUCCCUAGAACUUGCCAGAAAAUGUCCAAUGGCAGUGGCAUGAACAUGCCUAUGUCAAACAGUAGUAUGAAAUCGAUGAAUAUGCAGAUGAGCUUCUAUUGGGGUAAAGAUGUAAUAGUCCUUUUCUCCGGAUGGCCUGAUAGCAACCCCGGCAUGUAUGUAUUGGCCCUCUUCUUUGUACUGUUUCUAGGCGCCGCCAUUGAAAUGAUGACUAUGUUACAGGCGGCAGUUAAACCUGGCACCAGACCCAUCCUUGGAGCUUUCAUUCAGGCAGGUGUUUACAUUGUUCGGAUGUGCUUUGCUUACAUGGUUAUGCUGUCUGUUAUGUCCUACAAUGUUGGAAUCUUUAUAGCUGCACUUGCCGGCCAUGGUAUCGGGUUCUUCGUCAUCAAGAUUCGUGCUCUGACUAAAGAAACCGAGCAGCAGUACUCGUCUCCCGAUUGUAUCCCUUCUAAAAUUUGAUAGAAAUUAGUACUAGUCGUGCAAGUGUUGCCUCAACUUAACCCAUUUCAAUUAUAAUUGUUCUCGUGAUAUGAAAGCUUAUGUUUAAAGAUUCAGAAUUUUAAGUUGUAAUCCUCUGUUUUUAUAAAUAUAUGAGGUUAAAUAAUGUUGCAGA